UUCUGUUGGAGGUCACUGGUCCACCCCAUUCCCCAUCCCUCUGGUUUAGUACUUAAUUUAUGACUACUUCAGUAAUGACUUCUAAAAUUUCUACAAAGAAUAGAUAGGUCUUAAAGGUUGUUCUGUAAAAUCAGUUCCGAUCAAUUAAGGAGGCUUAUAAGUAAUUUUAAGAAAGGUUGUUUGGUUCAGGAGAAUUACUUUAAAAGGGAAAAGUGGAAAAAAAUGAAGGCCGCUGAGAAAACCCUACCAGAGUGAGCCAAAAAGGUUCUAAGUUUAAAAGAGGGUGAGAGAUAAAGUAAGACAAGUCUAGUGAUUCUACUUUUUUCUCUGCACAUUACUUCACUCUGUGAACGUUGUUCUAUUCUUGUAGAAGAGGAAAACAAGGCCCAGUGUGGCUAAUGGCUAAUUGAUUGUCCCUUCCUGGGGCCAGUAAGAAUUAAGAAAUGAUGUUUUGUGAGUGAGUCCUCUCCAGUAGAUUGUGCUGCCUCUGAGCCAUCCAAGCAUGGUUAAGUUUUGUUUACUUGUUCUCAGGUUAGAUAGUAAAGAAGAAUACACUUAUUCUUUUAAAGAGUUUUCUAAAUUAAGUUUGGUACUUGAGGGGAUAGUUUAGAAAAUUAUGCUGACCAAUAUAUUAGAGCAUCAUGGGCAAAUGUGUAAUAUUUACAUAUGUUCUGUACUAGUUUUAUGCUGUUCCAACAUUCUAAUUUCUUUGUGUUGUUGAUGUCUCUAUCACCCAUGGUAGCAUUUUAAAUUGAUUUCUUUAGAAUAUUUUAUGAAAAAAUUAUACUGACAUUUCAUCUUUAGCUCUGUUUCAGUUCACUUCUUUGGUGCUGUUCUAAAACACUGACCAAAAGCAACUCGGGAAGAGAGCAUUGAUUUUCACAUACAGGUUAAACUUAAUCAUUGAGGGACGCCAAGGCAGGAACUGAAGCCCAGGCCACAGAGGAGUGUUGCUUAAUGUUUUGCUUAUUUAGCUUUCUUUCUUAUACAACCUGGACCACCUGCCUGGGUGGCACUGCUCACAGAAGGCUGGUUGCUCCUACAUCAAUCAUUAAUCAAGAAAAUGCUCCCACAAACAUGGCCAAAGACCAGGCCAAUAGAGACGGUUCCUCAGUUGAGAUUCACUCUUCCAUGGUGAUUAAUUUGUGUGAAUGUUUCCCAUUGCUCUCUACAUUUCAUAUAGUCUAGGGCCCAGCCCCUGGAAUAGUACAGCCUACAUUUAGGGUGAUUCUUUACUCCUUAUCCCCACUAAGAAAACCCCCAACAGGUGUGCUCACUAACCAGCUGAAUUAAGGCCAACUAACCAACUGAAUUCUCAUUGAGACUGUGUUUCCAGUAACUCUAGAUUGUGUCUAGAUGAUAAUUAAAAUUGGCCAUUCCAGGUUCCUAUUUCUAUACAAAUUAACUUUAUUUACCAUUUAAGAUGUAGUUAAUACUUGUAGGUGAUGAAGCAAAAAAUUUUUGCUUUAUAAUCUGUGAUAAAUUUUUUAGAAUAGUUGUGUGUGUACGUGUGUUUGUGUGUGUGUACACCAAUAGCUCAGAAAGCUACAUGAGAACUCACUUAAAAUACUGCUGCCAACAUGAGUCUCAUUUUAUGAAAUAUUCCCCAAGGAGAUUCCCCCAUGAUGCUGGUUUUCAUUUUUACUUCCAAGUAUAGAAACCAUCUUUCUUUUAAUCCCUCAGAAAGGUUGGUCAAGGAGCAAACAGGUGAAAAGCAGCAGUCCAUCAUAUGCAUUGACAGUACUAAGCCUUACAUAUUUUCCAGGCAUUGCUUAGUUCUCCAAGGCUUGUAGGUGUUUAGCAUUCAACUAUAAAUAAGACAUUUUUUCUUAAGAUUCCAGCCUGUGGAGAGAUAAAUAUUUAAACAUGUAAAUGAGUAGUAAAAGAUAAAUGCUAAUUCCUCCUUAGAGGGCUGUGGCAGGUAUAAAGCAAAUGGACUCACAGGUGAGUUUGCUGUGAUUUCCCAGAGCGUGUUCCUCUUUAGUCUUAGUUUGGCUUUUCAUGUGGUCUGUGUAUUUAAGGUUCUUCUGGAUUGUAAAUAUCCCCAUGUAUUCUCCACAGUGUGAUGCUGCCCAGUCAGUCGGCAGCAAGAGAUCGAGGAGGAACGUUGUAGGCCCUCUGGGCCUUUUGAAUUUCUUUUGAAUUUUAGCUGCUAAAUAUUUAUCUCUGCAUUGUAUAUAGAAACGUCAGAUAAAAUUUAAUACAAUUUUUUGCAGGUGUUCUGGGAAGUUUCUGUCUUUUGUGAAUAAUUUCUACCUACAAUUUCACAUGUACCUAAACUACUGAAAAAAAUUGGACAUGAUGUAUUUUAAUAUGGGAAUCUAAGACUAAAUUAUAAAUAUUUGAAGGCAAUGUAGAAAACUUUAACAUGACCUUUUAUCUUGCAUGGAGAACCACAGUAAAAUAGACACAUGACCAUUUGUAAUUAGAGUUGUGAAAAUUUAGCCUCCUUUUUACUGAUGUAUUAAUUCAUCACUUUAAGCCAUUUUGGAGGAAUUCAUGUAUGAACAGUCACAUUUUUUAAAUGACAUCUUCAAGGCUAAAUAAAAGAUUCUUGCUAAAGUUUGGAAGUACUGUCAUCUUUAAUUAUUAUCUUUAUCAGCAAAGAAUAUUCUAGAUCUACUGGAAAUGGGAAUAAGGAACGUAACAGAAAGGAUGACUUUCAAAAUGAUUUCUUUAAGAGGAAACAACAGCUUCAGUGGCUUAGGCCUGAUGGAACUAGUACAAAACCCAUGGUUUGCAUAUUUGUUUUCUAGUCCUCUUGGGUGAUUAUGGAAGGAUUACCACAAUCCUUCAGGAAAUAGGUUGGUAAAGAUACCCACAUUCAGGGCUAGUGAGAGAGCUCAAUGGUUAAGAGUGCUUGCUGUCCUGGCAGAGGACCCACGUUCAGUCCCAAUACCCAGGCAAGUCACUCACAACCUCGGUGUAACUCUAGCUCCAGGGGACUCUGCCCUCUGUGUCCCGAACCACUUAGGACUCAUGUGCGCAUGCCCGUGCACAGGUGCAUGAUUAAAAAUAAAUCUUAAAAAGAAGAUUUUUGUACUCUUAGACAAAUAGAGAAAAUAGCAAGCCUUUUGAAAAUAUGUAUGGAGACUGGGAAUUGGUAAAUUAGUGUGCAGUGCAAUUUUGGUGCUAAUUUGAGUUAAUAGAGCAGUGAGUAGCAGUUAAGACAAGGUCUCCUUAUGUAGCUCUAAAUGGCCUAGAACUUGCUGGGUAAACCAGACUGGCUUCAGACUCACAGAUACCUGCCUGCUUCUGCCUCUCAAGCACUAAGACGUGCACAGCCUUGCUGAGAUAACAGUUACAUUUUUGAUAUUGUCUUUGAAGAGUUUUAUACAUGAUUGGGAUCUUUAUAUCAUAGAACAGUGACAGAAGAAAAACCCUACUGAAAUGAUGAGUUUAUGUAACAUGUUUCCUACCUUUCAGCAUCUGUAGAAAAGUUGUUGCUGAAGCACCUUAGAAAAGAGAGUUACUGCUUUGAUGGAGGCUCCUGGCUGGGAUGGAAGUCAUUCACAGGGCAUGUUGUCCUAUCUCACACAGGAGGGAGAACCUGUCCUGCAGUGUGCCAGUGAGAAGCACCUCAGCAGGCUCAAUCAAGACACUGCAAAUCAAAAGACGGAGUUGGAGGCAACACUGAAGGAAGCUGAGUCUGCAUCCUGCUCAGUAGAAUUACUUUUGCCGUUACUUAAGAACACUGUGAAAGGAAUUCACUUAGAAAAUGAUAAUCUUUCUGCGUCCAAUUUAAAGAAGAUUUUUGAACAGAAGGAAAUACUGUCAAAGGAAUUAGACACCUUUAACCGUGUGAAAUUAGCCUUAGAACAUCUUCUUAAACGGCCAGACUGUGAACAAACAGAAGACAACUUACCCAGCUUGUUGAAGGACCUCAGUGACCGUGAAAGUGAGAACAGUAACCUUAAGAAGAAAGCACUUGAAAAGGAGACCUAUAUCCAAGAACUUUCAUGUCUGUUUCAGAAUGAAAAGCAAAGUGCUUUGAAAGCAAACCGGUUUUCUCAGUCAGUCAAAAUCGUACAUGAUCGUCUACAGCUCCAAAUUCAGAAAAGGGAAAAGGAGAAUGAUAAACUAAAAGAACAUGUACAGAACUUGGAAAUCCAAAUAGCCAAGUGGAACUUGCAGGUGAAAAUGAGUAAACAGGAGGCUGUAUCCAUCAAAGAAGCAAGUAGCCAAAAAGCUGCAGCUCUGAAAAAAGCAUCAAAAAUUUAUAAACAAAGGCUGAAACACUUUACAGGGGACAUCGAACACCUCACUUCCAAAAUUAAAGAGCAGGAAGCCAAGUUGUCUGAAACAGUUUCAGCUUCCAAUACCUGGAAAAGUCAUUAUGAGAAAAUCGCAAUAGAAAAAACUGAACUGGAAGUUCAGAUCGAAACAAUGAAAAAGCAAAUCACUAAUCUUUUAGAAGACUUGAAGAAAAUGGAAACACAUGGAAAAAAAUCAUGUGAAGAAAUUCUUAGAAAACUUCACUCACUUGAAGAUGAAAAUGAAGCCCUAAAUAUUGAGAAUGAAAAGUUAAAGAGUACGCUUGAUGCCUUGAAGGAUGAAGUUUCUUCUGUUGAAAAUGAACUUGUAGAACUGCAAGAAGUAGAAAAACGACAGAAAACCCUCAUUGAAGGAUAUAAAACUCAGGUACAAAAGUUACAAGAAGCAGCUGAAAUGGUAAAAAGCAGAUGUAAAAAUUUGCUACAUGAAAAUAACCUAAUAAUAAAAAACAAAAACAAAAAGUUAGAGAAGAUGAGAGGCCAGGUGGAGUCUCACUUGAAGCAGGUAGAGCGAGCCCGCAACUCCUUCACGUCAGCCGAGCAGAGACUUCACGAGUGUCAGGAGAGUCUGCAGCGCUGCAAGGACAAGUGUGCAGAGCAGGCGCACACCGUUAGGGAGCUUCAGGGCCAGGUUGAUGGAAACAAUAGCCUUAUAGCCAACCUUUCUCUUGAGGAGGAAAAUUACCUCAUUCAGUUAAAGUGUGAAAACCUUAAAGAAAAAUUAGGACAGAUGGAUGCAGAGAAUAAAGAGCUUGAGAAGAAGCUGGCUGACCAAGAGGAGUUUCUCAAGCACAGUGACCUGGAGCUGAAAGAGAAGGCUGCAGAGUACACAGCACUGUCUAGGCAAUUGGAAGCUGCUUUGGAAGAAGGAAGACAAAAGGUUUCCGAAGAAGUAGAGAAAAUGUCAUCUAGAGAGAGAGCAUUACAAAUUAAAAUAUUAGAUCUGGAGACUGAGCUUAGAAAGAAAAACGAAGAACAAAACCAACUUGUUGGCACAAUGAACAGUAAAGCCCAGCAUCAAGAUUUAUGUUUGAAAGAACUACAACACAGUCUUGAGAAGUCAGAGAAUCAAAAUGAGAGCAUUAAGAAUUACUUACAGUUUCUUCAAAUUUCCUAUGUAACAAUGUUUAGAUAAAUUGUUGAAUUCCACUGAUUGUUAUACUUUAUGAUUUAUAGGUUAUGAGAAUUAGAGUUUGUAUGUGAAGAUAUUUAAGAUGUAAUUUAUUAUCUAAUUGAAACUUUAAGAAAUGACUGUUCUUAGUAUUCCUUUGUGGUAGAUAAUUUGCAUUGAACCGUGGUUUCAUUCUUUUUUUUAAAUAUUAAUUUUUAAGGUAUUUUUCUCCAUACAUGCAAAAAUCAGAAUUAUUUUUAUGAACUACUGAAGUCAAUUUGUAACAAAUCUAGGCCAAUUAUGAAGUAAAUACAAGGUUUUAAAUAAUGAAUUUAUGUGUUUUAUAUUGUAAUACUAUAUAAAUAAAAUAUUCAGAAAUUUUUUUAAUUUUAAUAA